AUACAAAGGCAGAAGUGCAAGUGGUUGGUGUUAAACAAAUGUCAUGACAGCGAGCGAUGGAGGUGCACAGAGAGGACUGACAAUGAAGCUGGUUUAAAAGGCAUUACAUGUACAUGUGACGGAGACAAAAAGCUACUGAAAUUGAGGGAAAAGAAGCAGAUUUUUGAAAGGAAGUUAAAAAAGUGAAACCGGAAUAUGAGUGAGUCCAGUAUCUGCCAGGUGAGGGCCAAUGUCAUGCUGUACGAUGACACAAACAAGCGCUGGGUUCCUGCAGGUUCCGAUGCUCCGGCCUUCAGUCGAGUGCAGAUCUUCCACAACCCCACGGCAAACACCUUCCGAGUGGUGGGACGGAAGAUGCAGGCCGACCAGCAGGUGGUGAUUAACUGUCCCAUCAUAAAAGGAAUGAAGUACAACCAAGCCACACCAAACUUCCACCAGUGGCGUGACCCCAAACAGGUGUGGGGGCUGAACUUUAGCAGUAAGGACGACGCUGCCCUUUUUGCCUCCUCAAUGAUGCACGCAUUAGAGACCCUGAACGCACCGCCAGCUCCAGUUCCAGUUCAGAACGGACCCUCUGCACAAGAGCUGGAACACCAGAGACGACUGGAGCAGCAGAGGCAGGAACAGGAGCGUCUGGAAAGAGAGAGGAGGGCCUCAGCCUCAGCCGCUGCCCCCACCCCCCCUCCAGCCCCUCCUCCUGCAGCUCCAGGAGCCCCACCUGCUCCCCCACCGCCUCCAGGCCCACCACCUCCACCUUCAGGACCACCAGCACCUCCGCCACCAUCCUCUGGUGGUGGGAUCCCCCCUCCACCUCCUCCUCCUCCCCCUCCUCCAUCAGGGGGUGGAGGAGGAGGAGGUGGGAAUGAUCUCGCUGCAGCUCUGUCAGGGGCCAAACUGCGCAAAGUAGCCAAGGAUGAAGGAGCAGCAGCAGCUCCAGCACCAAAACAAUCAUCUGGAGGAGGGGGAGGAGGAGGAGGAGGAGGUGAUCUGAUGGGAGAAAUGAGUGCCAUCCUUGCUCGGAGGAGGAAAGCUGCAAAUAAUCCACCUCCAAAAACAGAUGAACCGCGCAGUGAGGGUUGUGCCUCACCAGCAUCAAAAUCCACAGAAGAAAUCCCUGAAAAGCCCAGGGAGAAAGCCGCCACCAUGCCAAGGCCCAAACCCCUAAGCAGCAGUCAAAGGGACUCCAGCCCCAGUCCCACCACCUCCUCCCCGGUUUCCAGGAUGAAGGUGAUGAAGAAGAACUCAGAUGUGGCAGGAAGUGAUGGGGUUGAUAUGGAGCGCAUCAAACAGGAAAUUCUUGAAGAAGUGAAGAAAGAACUGCACAAAGUAAAGGAGGAGAUAAUCACAGCACUGAUUCAGCAGCUACAAAGUGCACAACUCCAGGGUGAAGAAUGCUGAAAGACUGAAGACACAGAGAAGGAGGAUGAUGUGUUUAUGUUCUAUGAUGCUUAGGCAAUAUUUUGAAUGCAGAGAAAGUAUGUUUUACAAAAUACAGAAUAUGCACUUCAUUUCUAUUUAUAGCUGUGUCUCCUUCAUACAAAGAUGUUAGAUAUUUGUUUUUAUGAUGGGAUUGACUCAUUUAAGCAGGAGGUAUAUAUAUUUUUUUGCGAUCAAAUUUUUAUUUUCAUUUUCAUUUCACAUAUUAAAUCAAACAGAGGUAUUUAAGGUUAUACAAUAUUACUGGAAUGGAUUCUCAGGGCAAGAAUACCAACAGUGAGCCCAAGACAUAAGAACGUGUCAUGAGAUACCAAAGCACACAGUGAUAGUACGAAGAUUAUAAAAAGGAAAAGUAAGGUUAAUUACACACACAAAAAAUAAAAAUGCAUACAUAACCUACAAGAAUAUACACAACAUACACAAAACAUACAGACUAGGGAUGUAACGAUAUGAAAAUUUCAUAUCAUGGUUAUUGU